UGGCCGCGCGUGGAGAUUGCGCACGCGCGGGCGGGCGCGCCGGUGGAGGAUCCGGGCGGUUUAGCUCCUGCUACUUAUCCAGUCAGUGUCUUCGCUACUCAGCGUCCUUUCCUUCACUGAUCUCCUGGGACUUGCGUUGUGCCUUCCGAUUGCUGUAAUUGCAUCGUUGUCUUUCUCACGGGCUAGUCUAGGCGCUGGCUGAGCAUGUGUCAGAUUUCUCUGCUACAGAGUUACAGUUUCGAACUGCAGUAUGGGUACAAGAGCUUCCUGUGUUCUGAACCACUGAGCCAUCUCUCCAGUCCCAAGAAAUAAAUGGUUACUAAGUUGUAAGUGGUCCAGCAUUGUGAUUACUUUUCUGAAGUAUUAACCUUGUAGUGCCUUGUCCUGCCUGAAACAGUAAUUCUUCUUCGCCUUGUGCUAUCACACUGCCUUUACCCAUAGUAGUGGGCCCCAAAGUGUAGGAUUGGCCAUCCUGGCUACUUGGAAAGAGCUCUCCAAGUAGAGAUAGAGAUGUACAAGUUUGUCACUGGUGCAUGGAUGGGAAGAAACAGAGUUUAUGUAGAAUUUCAGCCGCCAAGCAGGGUCUUGGAGUACAUCCUCUAUGGAAAGUGGGGGACUGCUCUAAAGUGUCUGUGGCACUGUCGAACUGAAGAUGGGCUGUCAGGAAAAGCUACUCUUGGGAGUGGACAUUUGAGAAGGGGCCAGAUCUGUGUGAAGAGCACAGGCUCCAGACAUUCAGUUUGGUGGAUGGGGGAUGGAAGAAGGUAGGAGCUGGAGAGGGAGGAGUAAGGGCUGAGAGAAGACAGGGCUCCGAGGGAGUAGUGCAGGUUGGAGGUGGUGGCACAGGUAGGGCCAGGCUGGCCUUGCAUGGCCCGGGAGCUGAUAACUUCACCUGAGGUGAAUGUCCAAAAACCGGCUGGGCCGCCCUGCGACAGCCAUCAGGCCUGUGUUUUUGUCCAGCAGAACUAUGGGACUGUGGAGGACCCUGUAUGGACUUGGGGGAGCGGGGAGAGGUUCUGGGACACAGCCGAUACCUGAUUUGUCCCCUUCAGGAUCACACCCAAGCUUGUCACAGUAUUGGUUUGUUUUUUGUUUGUUUGUAACCUUACUUAUUUAUGUAUUUUUUACAUAUAUGAAUGUUCUGUCUACAUGUAUAGUUGCACACCAGAAGAAGACAUCAGAGACCUCCCUUUGUAGAUGGUUGUGAGCCACCAUGUGGUUGCUGGGAAUUGAACUCAGGACCUCUGGAAGAGCAGUCAAUGCUCUUAACCUUUGAGCCAUUUCACCGUCCCUGUGUUGUUAAAGCAGCUUGCCCUAUGUGUCUGUCACGGUCUCUGGGACUGGACCAUCGCAGUCAGCUCUCUGCUGUGCCAAGUGACUGCCAUUGCCGAAUGGUGACGCUGAGAGACUCUGGACGCUCCAGGAGCUGCAGAAGGUCCUAUGCCCUCACGACUCUCCCGUGGUUCCUGAGACAGAUGCCAUUGGAUGCCAGAUCAUGGCGGGAAGGGUGAAGUGGGUCACUGACAUUGAGAAGUCGGUCCUAAUCAACAACUUUGAGAAGAGAGGGUGGGUCCAAGUGACAGAAAAUGAAGAUUGGAAUUUUUACUGGAUGAGCGUGCAGACCAUUCGCAACGUGUUCAGCGUAGAGACUGGGUACAGGCUCUCAGACGACCAGAUCGUCAACCAUUUCCCCAACCACUAUGAGCUGACCCGCAAGGACCUGAUGGUGAAGAACAUUAAGAGAUACAGGAAGGAACUGGAGAAGGAAGGAAGUCCCCUGGCGGAGAAAGACGAGAAUGGGAAAUACCUCUAUCUGGACUUCGUUCCGGUCACCUACAUGCUCCCCGCUGACUACAACCUGUUUGUGGAAGAAUUCCGGAAGAGCCCAUCCAGCACCUGGAUCAUGAAGCCAUGCGGCAAAGCCCAGGGAAAGGGCAUCUUCCUCAUCAACAAGCUCUCACAGAUCAAAAAGUGGUCUCGGGAUAGCAAGACAUCCUCGUUUGUGUCCCAGUCCACAAAAGAAGCGUACGUGAUCUCACUCUAUAUCAAUAAUCCACUGCUCAUCGGUGGGAGGAAGUUUGACCUUCGUCUGUAUGUCCUGGUUUCCACAUACCGCCCGCUGCGCUGCUACAUGUACAAGCUUGGGUUCUGCCGCUUCUGCACAGUGAAGUACACUCCAAGCACUAGUGAGCUAGACAACAUGUUCGUCCACCUUACCAAUGUAGCCAUCCAGAAGCACGGGGAGGACUACAACCACAUCCAUGGUGGCAAGUGGACUGUCAACAACCUGCGUCUCUACCUGGAGAGUACCCGAGGCCGCGAGGUGACCAGCAAACUGUUUGAUGAAAUACACUGGAUCAUUGUGCAGUCUCUCAAGGCUGUGGCACCUGUGAUGAACAACGACAAGCACUGCUUUGAAUGCUACGGCUACGACAUCAUCAUCGACGACAAGCUGAAGCCCUGGCUGAUCGAGGUUAACGCGUCCCCAUCUCUCACCUCCAGCACCGCCAAUGAUCGGAUCCUUAAGUACAACCUGAUUAACGACACCCUCAACAUUGCGGUCCCUAACGGCGAGAUUCCAGACUGCAAAUGGAACAAGUCUCCCCCUAAGGAAGUGCUUGGCAACUAUGAGAUCCUGUAUGACGAGGAGCUGGCCCAGGGUGACGGGGCUGAACGAGAGCUUAGAAGUCGCCCAGGUCAGCCAGUGGGGCCCAGAACAGGCCGCUCGAGAGACUCAGGAAGAAAUGUCCUCACAACCUGGAAGUGACCAGCAGUGAGAAGGACCCCCCCCCCAGCCCCCGCUUGGACCUCCCCACAGUUACUGCACCCAGACCCUGCUAAACACCUGUUUUGGAAUUUCCUUUUUAUAGAGUGCUUUCCUGAGCAGGCCUUGUAAAUAAAGACUCAGAGCAAGGUGGAGGAGUCCACGUCACUGGGGCUCACACACUUUCGCGUGCACACAUACACACACGGACACGCUCGCACACGCGCAUGAAAACAGCAGCUUCGGUGUGUGAUGGAACGUCCUUUUUUAAAAGAUAUUUUAUUAUUUUUGAGGUAGGUAGCCCUGGUUGUUCUGGAACUUGCUAUGUAGACCAGGCUGUUCUAGAACUCUGCCUCCCAAGUGCUGGGAUUAAAGUCAUGUGCCACCA